GCGCAUUGGCAUUAAUGCGUUGCUGUUCGCCGCCGUUCAUUACCUGGUGACUACUACUGAGUACUGGCUAGUACCUUGCACGCACUCCAACGACAGUCACUCGCAGUUCGCCAUCCCGCCAAAAUCGUUUUGUGUUUCCAUUUCAAUUGUUUACCGAAUACUGACCCAGAGCUGUCCGCUGCCCUUUGUCAGGUCUCCGCUUUGCCGUUUUCGUCACAGAUUUCGCCGAUCGCCAGUAUUUCAGUAUCCACGUCUCAUAGUGCGUGACGAAUAACGAUGAUGAUGAACUGUGUUUCAUGAGAACUCAAAACAGAGUAGUACCACCGCCAUUGGCGUGACGUCAACGAGAAACUGAAGAUUAACUGUCUGACAGUACUGACUGCAGUAGUUAAACCACUGUGAUCAUGUAUGUACAAGUAAGAAUGAUGGACUCUGGCGUGUCGGUCACAAUACCCACAUCCAGGACAACAGUGCUCAAAGAGUUUAAGAAACUCGUCGAGGAAAAAUUCAACAUCAAGCCGGAAAACCAGAGAUUAUUUUUUGCUGGCAAACAACUAGAAGACCAAUAUAGGCUAUUUGAUUAUAGCAUAAAUGUGAAUGAUGUUAUUCAACUAAUGGUUAGAGCAGCUGUUGCUGAAAUAAGUUCUCCAAAAAAAUCAAAAGUAACAACAAAUUCAAAAAGUUCAAAAAAAGAAACACCUACUGCAAGUUGUUCUUCUACCACCAGUUCAACAUUGAGUGAAGAGAAUUCUGAGGAGAGCAAAUAUUUUAAGGUCGGCGAUUAUGUUGAUAUAAAAGAUUAUACCUACGGUUCGUGGUUCAUUAGUAAAUUAAUCAAGAUAAAAAAAGACAGCUGUGUAGUGAAUAAACCAAGUGAUCCUAAAAGCCCAGUGGAAAACGAUGGGCUAGUUUAUGUUGCAGAGAUCUUAGGAUGUCCCGAAGAACUUCCCAUUGAAGUUCAAUUGCAAGAAAUACGGCCUCAUGCAUCUGAUAUUUUGCCUUUUGAAAAAUUAAAAACAAACGAUAGAGUUCUCAUGAAUUACAAUGUUGAUUACCCUCAAGAACGUGGUUAUUGGUAUGAUGUACUGGUAAAAGAGAUAAAAACUAAUAGAAGAGGUCGUGACGUUAUUGGAGAUGUAUCUGUUGGGUUAGAUAAUGCAGUGUUAAAGAAUUGUCAUUUAGUGUUUCUCGAUGACAUCUAUAAAGUAAAACCCUAUCAGUUACUUUCUGAGCGGACACAUGAAGAUGAUAAAAUUAUACAAACUGAACCUGCUGUCAUGAGAGCGGCUGCUUUGUAUUGCAUAAAAUGCAAAGACAACUCUAACAAAUCAUGUAAGGAAUGUGGGUGUCGUGUUUGUGGUGGCAAAGACAAUGAAGACAAACAGUUAAUGUGUGAUGAAUGUAACCAUCCUUAUCAUAUGGAAUGCCUUAAGCCACCCUUAAAAGAGAUGCCACGUGAUGAUUGGUAUUGUCCUUCAUGUAAAAAUGAUGAAAACGAAAUCGUCAAAGCUGGAGAAAAAUUAAAAGCUUCAAAGAAAAAGACGCCAGAAUCUAUGUCAACAUCAAAAAGAGACUGGGGUAAGGGUAUGGCAUGUGUUGGAAGAACAAAAAAGUGUAAUAUUGUGCCAUCAAACCAUUUUGGUCCCAUUCCCGGUGUUGAGGUUGGGACCACAUGGUUAUUUCGUGUACAAGUAUCUGAAGCUGGCAUUCACCGACCUCCUGUUGGAGGAAUACAUGGUAGAGACAACCAGGGUGCAUUUAGCAUUGUGUUAAGUGGUGGUUAUGAAGAUGACGUUGACAAUGGUGAUGAGUUCUUGUAUACCGGUUCUGGUGGACGUGAUUUGUCAGGAAACAAACGUACUGCUCUGCAGAGUUGUGACCAAGAAUUGACACGCUAUAAUAGAGCUUUGGCACUCAAUUGUAAUGCUAAACUUGAUAGUGAAAAGGGAGCUACAGCUGUGGAUUGGAAAAAAGGCAAACCAGUUAGAGUCGUACGAAACUAUAAACUUUCUAAACAUUCCAAAUAUGCACCAGAGUUGGGAAAUCGCUAUGAUGGUCUGUAUAAGGUAACAAAAUAUUAUCCUGAAACUGGAAUAUCAGGAUUCACAGUAUGGCGUUUUGUGCUAAGACGUGAUGAUCCCACGCCAGCUCCAUGGACAGCACAAGGCAAAAAGCGUAUAGCACAAUUAGGUCUUAAAAUAAUUUAUCCCGAAAACUAUAUACAUACUGUCACUACCAACGAAACAAAAUCAAAAUUACCUGGAUCUAAAAGAAAAAGGACAUUACAGGAUGCUGACAAUGAACAGUGUAAGAAUAAUGAUCCAUUGAGUAAUUCUUUGGAAAAAGAAAUCACUGAUAGCACUGAAAAGAAAUUAAAAAUUAGCUAUGAACUUGAAAAAGAAGCAGAAAAACUCAUUACAGCUGACACUGCCAAUCAAAAAUAUUGGGCAGACUGUAAAGAGUUUUUAGAAAAAGGAAAAAAAGCAUUUUUGGAUAGAGUUGAAGAAAUGUUUUCUUGUAUAUGUUGUCAAGAAAUUGUAUUUGAACCAAUUACAACCGAAUGUUCUCACAACAUUUGUAAAGGUUGUCUUAGAAGAUCAUUCAAUGCUGAUGUGUUCCAAUGUCCGUCAUGUAGAGCAGAAUUGGGGAAGAGCUAUCCCAUGAAUGUAAAUGUGAAAUUAGCUAAAACUCUGUUGUAUUUGUUCCCAGGAUAUAACUCAGAUCGUUAAAAAUUAGUUUUUAAAGACUCUGUGCCCAUGUAAAUAAUAAUUUAUCACAGUACAAAACAUCUCGCUCCUUCAGAACAGGCUGUUUAUAAGACCUAUUCGGUGCGUUUUUAUACAUAUUAAUUUAUUUUAAUUAGAUAUUAACUUAACAAUACACCUAAGUGUUAUUUUUUUAUUAAUAAGACACAUUCAUUCGUAUUUUGUAUGUUUAGUUUUAUUAAAAUAACUUAUUGACAGUUA